AUGGAUCCCAAGAAAAAUAAAGUCUUGGCUAAACUAAAAGAGAAAGCCAAACCCCUGUUUAAUGUUAAAAAAGGGAAGAAGGUCAAGAAGACUCCUUUGAAACACAGGAGGAGCAUCUCGGUACCGGACCUUCGAUGCACAAAGUCUACGUCAUCUAUAAUAGACUCUGCUGUCGACUCCUCAGACAAUGACUCUUUGACUGGCCCUGUUUAUUCACUUGGCCCUGAUGAAGAAAGAAGUGAAACCCACAGUGUGACUUAUUCUGACGUUGGCACUGAUACACCUUACUCUGCAAAGUCCUACAAACCAUUUACUCCCCCAGACACAUCAAACUCAGCCCUAGGCAAUAUUCAGGACAAUACUUCAUUUUCAGACCCACAAUCUGUAAGCAUCUUCUCCACAUCAGAUAGGCCAAUGUUUACUGAUCCCGUCAUCACUAGGGAUAGGCCUGAUAAACGCAUAGCAGAGAGGGAUAGAACCACCACAUGGUAUUUGGAGGACACCGAGUCGACAUGUAGCACACCGUUUGAGGAACGCGCCUUCUGGUCUCCUGAGCAGGACCAAACUUUCACGCCAGUUUCCACAGACAUGUUCAUCAUUGGAUCAGCUGAGAACAUGAAUGAAGGUCCCAAUGAGACCAAUGACUUUGACACCAGUUCUACAGGAAGGGAGACUCAGGCAGUUCCAGCAGGUCAGAAAGUCCAGUAUCUCCUCAACAUUACCUUAAAGGAGGGAAGGAAUCUGGUCGUCAGAGAUCGCAGUGGUACCAGUGACCCGUAUGUCAAAUUCAGAAUAGGUGGCAAGACCAUCUACAAAAGCAAGGUUGUGUACAAGAACCUCAAUCCUGCAUGGAACGAGAGUUUCUCCUUUCUGGUCAGGGACCUGGAGCAGAAGGUCUUUGUGAAGGUUUAUGACCGUGACCUAAGAUCUCGGGACUUUAUGGGCUCGAAUGCCAUCCACCUAAGUAACCUGGAGCUGGACAAAACAACUGAGAUGAUUUUAGAAUUGGAAGACCCUGGAAGCCUGGAAGAUGACAUGGGUGUAAUUACCUUGGACGCCUGUGUGUCCAUCUUUGAGGGACCCACGAAAAAGAAUAAAUGGCAACUGAAGAGAAAAGGAAGCUUCAAUAAGGGUCAGCUCCGGGCAGCCGCCGUGCAGAAGAGCCAAGUGUGGAAUGGAUUGUAUACUGUGGUGCUCGUGGAGGGGCGCGAAAUGCCCGAGGGCGGCCAGGGCGAUAUCUUUGUCCGCUUCAGACUGGGCGAGCAGAGGUUCCGAAGCAAGAAUCUGUGCAUUAAGGCUAAUCCACAGUGGAGGGAGAAGUUCGAGUUCAACCGUUUCGAGGAUGGCCAGCCAGAUAUGCUGGUGUUUGAGGUGCUAUGCAAGAAAGGCCGAAAGUGUGAGGAGUGCUGGGGAAUGCAUGAAGUUGACAUUUCUCAGCUGCCAGCAAACCAAACACAUUCGUACAGCUUUGCUACAGUAAAGGGUCAGGUGAUGUUUCUGGUCACACCAACUCUCUGCUCUGGCGUCUCUGUCUUGGACCUGAGCGCUGCUCCGUUAGACAAUUCUUCCGACUAUGAAAACAUCCUGGAACAAUAUAGUCUGAGGAACACACUGAAGAAUCUACAGGAGGUCGGGUAUCUCCAGGUCAAGGUUUUCAAAGCUACAGACCUUUCAUCAACAGAUUUAAAUGGUAAAAGUGAUCCUUUCUGUGUGCUGGAGCUUGGCAACAGCAAACUACAAACCCACACCAUCUACAAGACCAUUCACCCAGAGUGGAAGGCAACAUUUACACUCCCAAUUAAGGACAUCCAUGAUGUCUUGUUGGUGAGUGUUUUUGGAGAAGAUGGAGACAAAGCACCAGACUUUCUAGGAAAAGUUGCUUUACCUUUGCUGACAGUUUGCAAUGGGCAGCAAGUAACCAGUGCUCUAAAGAAACGUGAUUUAGCUGGGCCGGCUAAAGGAAGCAUCACACUGGAAAUGAACAUUUUAUACAACACGGUUAGAGCUGCUGUUAAAACCUUCCAUCCCACAGAAACAAAGCCUGAAGAGGACAACCCUAAAUUUAAUAAAAAGCUGUUAGCACGCAACAUUUACCGUGUGAAGAGGCUCAGCAUGGCCAUUCUGUAUACUCUGCAGUACAUUAAGAGCUGCUUCCAGUGGGAGAACACUCAGAGGAGCAUCAUUGCUUUUCUGACCUUCAUGGUGACGGUGUGGCACUUUGAGGCAUUCAUGCUGCCUCUUUUCCUCCUGCUGCUCAUCGGCUGGAACUACUUCCACAUCACGCCAGGCGUGGGCAGCCACAGUCAGGACAUGGAGAACAUGUCCACAGCUGAGGACGAAGACGAGGAUGAAAAGGAAGCAGAGAAAAGAGGACUGAUGGAGAAAAUCCAUAUGGUUCAAGAAAUUGUGCUCACCGUCCAGACCUAUCUAGAUGAAGCAGCGUGUAUCGGAGAAAGAAUUAAGAACACAUUCAACUGGUCAAUUCCAUUCUUGUCCAUCCUGGCCUGUGUGGUUCUGUUCACCGCUGCUCUUGCACUCUACUUCAUCCCCUUGCGUUACUUUGUCUUGCUGUGGGGUGUUAACAAAUUCACAAAGAAGCUUCGCAACCCACACGCCAUCGACAGUAAUGAGUUACUGAAUUUUCUUAAAAGAGUGCCUUCUGAUGUUCAAAAGGUGCAGUAUAGUGAGCUGAAAGCAACUGGCAACCAGAGCGGGCAGAAGAAGAAGCGUUAG